AUGAGUCGCGUUUGCAUGGUCCAGCAGCAGCACGACGCUCGCUACGGCGGCAGGGCAUUGGUCAAAACUGCCACAACCGCCAUGGCGUCGAAAUCCGCAGCCAAACGCCAUGGCGCCAAGGGCUUCCACCCAGACGACGUUGUCGAGACGAGAUCGGGCUUCGAUACCCCUGCAGGCUUCUUUCCCCGACCAUAUGGUUCCGUUGGUCCCGACGAGCCCAAGUACAAUCCCGUUCUGGUGCGGGGGGUGUAUGCUUGUACUGCCAAGGAAUGCGGCUUGCAGGUUGUCGUGGAGGUCUCCGCACCCCGAUUAGACGCCAAGUGGAUCGACCUUCUUACGAACCAGGCCAGGAUUAAGAAGCGGUUGGAGAAACUUAAGGCCGCGGACCCCGAGCGCUUUGAUGUUGGCACCGAUGAAUGGCACAAGUUUGGCCUCCGUCAGCUAGUGACCUAUAUAAAACAUCUCCUUGAUGCCGCCGACUUCGGAAAGGAGCCAAGGAGCCUUUCGAAGAGAAAUAAGCGAUUUGAUUCCGUGAUGGGCCCCGAAUUUUACGAAUUAUUUCGCUUCCUUGAAUAUGAGGAGUUUUCCACCGGCGAAGGUGAUGAGGAGGAGCACUUCUUCUUACAAAAUCCCCCCGACGCCUGCAAGGAUUUCACGGAGCCCGGAAGUCGGCGUGCGUUCUUCGAGGAUGUGGCCCUCGAGUCGAGGAUCCAUGGGGAGCGCGAAAUCUUCCGUUCUCCUUCGGCCCCGAUAGACAUCGAGGAACUUGCACGGUCGCUCGCCACGAGGGAAUUUCAUUCAGCUCUCGACUGCUUUUCUUACCCGAGCCAAUCGACCAACGGCGGCCUAACGUACCACUUCCGAUUUUUGGGCAUUAUGCCCGAUUUCAGUCGCAUUCUAGUUGAGAACGCUUGCUCCAGACUCUCUACCUUCCUACCGGAACUUAAGGCCACCUUCGAGGACUCCCUGUACAGUAUCGCUCGUGACACCUCUGGGCCGCUUGGAUCCAGCUCUGAGUUUUUACGUCGGGCUAAGCUUAUCGUUGGCCAAGAUGCCGACGAUAUGUUCAACGAGACAUGGGGCCUUCAGCCGGGAGGCAUUCGCCGUACCGACGAUGAGAUCAUUGCGGCUGUGCGUAGGAAGCUCCAUGACUCCCCAGACUCCGUUGAUAUCGUAUUCGAUAUGUUGCCUGUCUACGCUAAGUCCAGGGGCAGCAUGCGACUGCGCCGUCUAGUGGACUGGCUACCUUCCCAACUACCUAUGCCUGUCGACCUGGCGUUUGACGUUCUUGGUGCUCGUUCCGACGAGAGUACUAAGCAAUUGAUUUUGAAUGCAGAGACUAGGGUCAAGGUUGCAAAGGCGAGUAUCGUCGCCAAUGCCCUGAGGUCGAUAGCUCGACAUCGUGAAUGUCCUGCACUGUCAAGGCAGGCAGAAAUCACGGAAGAGGGCCCCAUAACCAACCCGGUUGGUCUCGAGAACAUCGGAAAUACCUGCUACCUUAACAGCAUCAUCCAAUACUUGUACACCGUGCUGCCAAUCCGGAAAUUAGUGGACGAGUAUGACGAAAACAGGCUGGAACCAGAAGAUAUGGACAAGAGGCGCAUCGGAGGAAGUAAAGCCAGGGUUCAUCCCGUUGACCUGGUUAUUGGCCAGUAUUUCACUGGUGAGGCCCUUCAAACUCUCUUCACCCAAAUGACGACUGUCUUCCGCGGACCUUGCGCACCGAGUCAAGGGCUCGCCAACGCUGUUUUGCUCUCCAGUGAGCAGUUGCUUCGCCUUUCCAAAUCCGAUGCGAUCCCUCAGGUCCACGCGGGCAAGCUUCCGGUUCCCUCGAUCAAUGUUCGAAGCACGCCACCACCGCUCCCUGCCCGCCCGACCCCUCCAGUGCCCCUGAAGCAACCGGAGAACGAUACGAAUGCAGGCGGCCCGUCUUUGAUUGAUCUCACCGAACCGAGCCGUUCGAGUUCUCCCACACUUAUGGGCGAUGCUGCGUCCGAUAGGUCGUUCGGCCAGACAAAUGCAGAAGCAGACGCCAUGGAGAUCUCUGGCAGUGCUAGCGACAGUGAUGUGGUCAUAGUACCAGCAACGAGCAAGGAUACAGCUACCCAAGUCAAGGACGAUGUCGAGAUGACUGAUGGAGAAACCAUAGUUGCUGAUGAGGAUGGCGAAAAGGGUAGUAGCGGUGUCACGGCCGCUGAUGAGGAUACCCCGACUAGCAAUACCGAGGGUCUUCUCCGAACUCUUAAGAUUAAGCAUGAGCUUACAAUGAUCCAACAAGACGUUGAUGAAAUCAUGGGCCGUGUGCUGGGUCUUCUGCAAGCAUCGAUACAGCCGACAUCGAUAGAAGGUGACAUCCAGAUUGAGGUGGUCAUGCAGACUUUCUUUUUCAAAGUGAUAAUGCACACGGUCAACCUCCAGAACGGCGACCCAACAAGUCGCCAAGAUACCCGAACAGCCGAGUUUUUCAGGAACCUCACAGCCUACCCCGCGCCGGACGGCCCAUGUACUCUCUACCAGGCCCUUGACAACAAUUUCGAUCGGGAGGAAAUCGAGGGCACCACGACCUCGCGGUAUUCGUCCAUCGAAUCUCUCCCACCUAUCCUCCACGUCCUCGUGCAGAGGACGAAGGGGGAUGGCACCAAGAACCCUAACCCAGUGGUCAUUGACGAAUACCUCCAACUUGAUCGAUACAUGGACGCUCCCGCCGGCUCUGACCUGAUGUAUUUGCGGGAAACCAGUUGGGCUUUGAAGAAGCAGAAACUGGGAUUGAUUGAGCUUGAGGACCAGCUGUCCAUGAUUGCCAAUAUCCCUCAGCCCAUUUCCAGAGACGGAGCGUUUGGGGCAGACACGGCGAUGUGGGUCGAGGACCAAAGAUCUGCCAUUGAGAGCGCCGAUUCAGCAUUUCAACAAUACGCCGAAGCCACUCUUGCUGUGGAUUUUAGUGAGGACUCUGCUGAUCAGCGUGGAAUGGAAUUAUUGAGUUUCUUAGGGUCCGGGGAUGUCAACGUCAAGCAGACACAGCCACAAGCAGAGACACAGACGGAGACCGGGACAGGGGCAGGGACACCGACACCCCAGUCUUCUGACCCUCGCGAUUAUCUCGGCGAAACCAGAGACAAGCUGCAGCAGGAACUUAGCUUAGUGCAUGCGAAGCAGGAAGGCUUAUUCGAGGGGAUGAAUAAUUACAACUAUUCCCUCCACGCCGUUGUCUGCCAUAGCGGGAGUGGACGAGGUGGUCACUACUGGGUUUGGAUCCGCGACUUCGAGGCUAAGCUUUGGAGGAAGUACAACGAUACCGUCGUGUCCGAGGAGAAGGACACACGGAAGUUGCUCGACACCCUGAACAGCAGCGGCGACCCUUAUUUCCUGUGUUAUGUCCGGGAUGUGGACAAGGAAUUGUAUGUGAGCGUACCUAAGCGAAAGCCAGAUGGGUUUGACUGA